ACUCUUUUGAAAUCUCGGAUGUUCUCCUUCUUCCCAAAGUGUGAUUACUCGGAGUUUCGUAUGCUUGAAUUAGAUAGUCUUGACUGCAGCGGUUCACUGCGCUUGCUCUACGAGGCCAACAUGACUACCGUGAACGAGAGCGUAAGCAACUCUGUUGAUAAUACUAGUAGCUUUUAUGUGCAGGCUAACAAUACAUUUUCUUUAAAUAUAGUAUUCAUGCAGGUAAGUAUUGGAGAUAGGUAUCAUACGUUCCAUCAUGCGUGGGCUAAUAUGUGGAGGAGUGGGGGUGCUUGGUCACUAAGCAUUGUAGAGUAUAUAUCACGCAUUUAA